AUGUCGUCGACCACAAAACGCACACCCGGGCCACACACAGCCUCGGCAUUGGCGGCGGACCACAUACUCACCACGGGCGCCGUCAUGCCCAGGUUGAUGUACGGCACGGCGUGGAAGAAGGAACGGACGGCAGACCUGGUGUUCGAGGCCCUCCAAAUCGGUUUCCGCGGCAUCGACACAGCCGCCCAACCCCGCCACUACCGCGAGGAUCUCGUCGGAGAGGGCGUCCGGCGCGCCGUGGCCGCAGGCAUCGUCUCUCGCUCCGACCUCUUCCUGCAGACCAAGUACUCGCCCCCACCCGCGCAGGACGUCUCCAACAUGCCCUACGACGCGAGCUUGUCCGUGACGGAACAGGUCCGCGUGUCGGUCGCGUCGUCGCUGCGCAACCUGGCCGCCACCACCGACUCAGACGACGAGUCCUACAUCGACUGCCUCGUGCUGCACUCGCCGCUCGAUACCCCCGCCGGCACGGCCGAGGCGUGGGCCGCCAUGGCUUCAUUUGUCCCGCACAGGGUGCGCGCCCUGGGCAUCAGCAACGCGAGCAUUGCCGACGUGGAGAUGCUGCUCGACGGGCCCAUGCCGACGCCCACGACGACUCCCAUGCCGCCCGUCGUGGUGCAGAACCGCUUCUACCCGGGCAGCCGCUACGAGGUCCCGCUUCGGGCGCUGUGUGCGUCGAGGGGGGUGGUCUUUCAGGCCUUUUGGACGCUCAGCGGCGACGGCGGGAAGCUGAGGCAGCGGGCGGGCUGCAUCAAGCGGAUCGUCGAGGCGUGUGGUGUCUAUCCGGCGGUUGCGCAGUAUGCGCUCGUCCUGGGUCUCGGUGGGAUUAGCAUCUUGGACGGUACGACGGAUCGGUCGCACAUGGUGGCGGACUUGGAAGGUAUUGAUCGGGUGGGCAGGUGGGUGGAGGAGGAUGAAGGGAGGAAGGCUUGGCAGGAGUGUUUGGCCGAGUUUAGGGGCAUCAUUGAAGGUUCUUAUACCUCCAGGGAUUAA